UGCUUGUCAUAGAGCUUGUCCUCACCUUCAGCAAACUCACAUUUGAAUUGUUCCUCAAUCACCCAGACACAAUCUCCAAAUCAACUCACACGAUCACCACCAUCAUGAUGUCUCUACGAACAUCUUUCAUGCGCACCAGCCGCAUCGCCUCAAUGCGCCCUCUGAGCACCACCUCCAGCCUCGCACAAAAGGACGCUCCUCCACCACCAAACAUUCCCCCGGGCAGACAGCAAAAGGGCCAUACUGAGUCACCAGCUCACGACACAAAGUCUUCUGCCUCUACAAAGAGCUCCGCCGCAAACAAGAGCGGCGACGACCAUCCUGCCAAGCAGCCCGAUCCUCAAAAGCCUAGCGACAGAAGCACCGGUUUCCAAGAAGUCGAUGAGGUUAAGGGAGGAAAGGCUGGUCUAGGUGCCAGGACCGAUAAGCAAUAGGUGGAAUUGCAAGACAUACGCAUACCAUGAGGAGGAAAUGCAUGGUCAUGACGUCGACGGAAAGACCAACAGAUCGCAAUGAACUCUACGACCCUGCUCGAAUGAGCUUUUGUAUCCAUAUCAAGCAUUGGACAUAUCUAUUACCACCCACGUCUCCAUCUUUCACGUUAUGGUAUGCGCGCGUGCUGCCGAGGCUUUUGUCCAGUACGCGAAGCCAUGCACUACACACGACUCAGGCAUCAUCGCAUUGGCUCUUCGAUCAAGCAUUCGGCAGUUCGUAUUGAGAACAGCCGCUUCGAGGCUUCUUAUCGAAUGUCUUGCUGCAGGUUUUUUCUGAUUUGUUGAGUGAGGCGCAACGACUACAGUUGAUACGGCCGUUGUGAGGCUCCACCAGAUCCACCUGGAC